AUGACCGGUGAUAAGAGUGAGGUGAUCUACAUCGGUGACAAGGACAUCAACCGCAACCGAAAUGUGCGUGAUGAGUCGCCGGAACGGCAAAUUAAGAUCCUGUUUUUCGAUCUCACUCACUAUAACCGCACAACCCAGUUCCUGUUGUGUUGCGCCGGUGUAUUCGUCCUGUACCUGGUGUAUGGAUAUAUGCAGGAGCUGAUCUUCACGCUAGAUGGGUUCCGACCGUACGGAUGGUACCUCACACUCAUUCAAUUCGCCUACUACACCGUCUUUGGGUACAUUGAGCGCUCCAUGGAAAAGACCACCGUCCCACGUUGCAUUCCGAUGCGAACGUACGUGUUACUGGCGUUCCUCACGCUCGGCACGAUGGGACUUUCCAACUCGAGCGUUGGUUACCUCAACUACCCCACGCAGGUCAUAUUCAAGUGCUGCAAAUUGAUUCCGGUGCUGAUCGGCAGCGUGCUCAUUCAGGGCAAAAAACACGGACCAAUGGACUUUUUCGCCGCUUUCGCCAUGUGCCUGGGAUUGAUCCUGUUCACGCUGGCCGACUCGAAGGUACAGCCCGAUUUCGACACCUUCGGGGUAUUUCUCAUUUCGAUGGCGCUCUUAUGCGAUGCCGCGAUCGGGAACGUGCAGGAAAAGGCUAUGCGUGAGCAUCGGGCUCCAAACAACGAGGUCGUCAUAUAUUCCUAUGGUAUCGGGUUCGUGUACCUGGCCAUGAUAAUGCUGCUGUCGGGACACCUGGUCAAAGGCGUUGUCUUCUGCGCUAACCAUCCGAUGGAAACGUACGGAUACGCGUUCUUGUUCAGCUUAACCGGUUACCUAGGCAUACAGAUCGUUCUGACGCUGGUGAGAACAUGUGGUGCUCCGUUGGCGGCCACUGUCACAACGGCUCGUAAGGCGGUCACGAUAGCUCUAUCAUUCGUAUUCUUCAGCAAACCAUUCACGAUGCAAUACCUGUGGUCGGGAUUGAUAGUCGUAUUCGGCAUAUAUUUGAAUGUGUACAGCAAACGCAGCAAGCUUACCUUCGCCGAUCUGGGUCGGAUGGUCAACACCCUCUACCGACAGAUAUCAUCAUUGCCGACGAAAGGCGGAACCAAAAAAUCGCUGCUGGAAGUGUGAUUUUGCUUCGAUACGAGGCAUAUAAAUAAGUAAGGACAUAUUCUAGAACUAGAGCUUGGAACUA